UAAUGGCUAUUAAUAAUGAUACAGUAAACUUUUGCGAUGAGAACAAAAACCUCGAUGUAAGUGUUGUGGGAGAGAUCAGUGGCCUGGAAAUAGUCGAAGAUACUUCGGACAGUGAAGAUGGGCCAAAACAGACGGCGUCGAAUGCGGUUGCUGCCAUCGCUAGGCCUAACGUGCCGCCUGUGUUCGGCUCUGUUACCGUAAGCAACUCAGAUAACGUCCAGUUUGGAAAUAAUACGUAUUUCCAAGGUCCCGUUGUCAUAAAGCAAAUUAUUCACAAUAAAUCUGGCAUUGAAAACGUCUCGUACGAUAAGACCGGUGAUGGGAAUGUUUCACCACCACAUAAAAACGGGAAAGACCCUGAUAUUGACAAUGAUUCUGAUAAAUUUGUUCUCAAGACGUGGCACAAACUUACAAUAGCUCUAACUGCCUUAGUGGUACUAAUCAGUUGUGCCAUUGUGUUUGGCAUACCUAAAGGGUCAGAUGGAUCUUUUGAUGAGCACUCAAGCAGACUGGUGUCGGGCUCAUGUCAUGAAUACUCAUCAGAACUUAGACUGGUUGCGAUUGUAGUGACACCACUCAUUUCGGCGUGGCUAUCGUACUGUCUACUAACAAUGAACUUGCGGUUUUCGUUUAGCUUCCUAAGGUGGCAUGCAGUGAAUAGGACUGCUAAAAAGAAACCAAAAGAUAUAGCAGGCGCGCCAGGAGAUCUGCUCAUAGCUCCUAAUCAUUUGAGGAUCGUGUCCCGGAUGGAGUGGUUAGCGCAGCCGGAAACAGGGCCUCUGGAUAAGCUGCGGCUGCCAGCUCCGUGGGUCAUUAUUAGUCACACGGCUACCAACUUUUGUUACAACCAGAGCAGCUGCGUGUACAACGUGCGGCUGGUGCAGGAGUACCACAUUGGGUCGCGCGGGUGGUACGACAUCGGGUACAACUUCCUCGUCGGCGGCGACGGCUCGGCCUACUACGGCCGCGGCUGGGACUCCGAGGGCGCCCACACGCUCGGCUACAACAAGUACAGUAUCGGCAUCGCCUUCAUAGGCACCUUCUCCCGAGAGGCCCCGCCGCAGAAACAGCUCGACGCGUGCAAGAAACUCAUCGACCUCGGCGUCGCUUCUGGUAAAAUCGCCAAAGACUACAAACUGUUCGCCCAUAGUCAACUGUCGGCGUGGGAGAGCCCAGGAAAGAAGCUCGUCGAAAUACUGCACGAGUGGCCGCAUUUUGUUAAAGACACGAGCCAAUUGGAGACUCUCCUGCCAAAAUAUUGAAUAGGAUGUGAUUCUUUGUCUGUGCCAGUGUAAGUUUAAGUCGUGACCUGAGUGCGGGCCGCGCACUGUUUAAGUGAUAAUGACAAGGGAAAUCUCCGAAGACAAGAGUGUUUGUUACCUAGUCAUAUUACUAGUAAAUAAUGAACUUUAGAAUUUGAAUUCCGUUUAUGAUGUCUCAUCAUCUUCAUCAAGUUAUCUCCUAUUACUAGCAUACUCGCAGAAACAGACUUUACCUCCUCUCAAAACAAGGAUCUGUGAUGAAUUUGGUACGAUGUACCGAAAAUAAAGAGUAACCAAAUGAAAUUAACUUAUUUACAGGCCUUCGACUGUAUUAUAUUAUAUUGUAGUAAUGAGU